GAAAAGAGGUUAUGUAACAGUUUAGAAGUUCAGCAUAGUUUACAAUGGCGUGGGGAGAGUUUGUAAAGAAAUUAGCUAUUUUUGGGUUAUUAUGUUUAGUUAUACCUGUAAACAUUGAUAAAACCAAUACAAAAGAGGAGCGUCUUUUAUUUGAAGCGUACAUUAAGAAAUACAACAAGCAUUACAAGAAUAAUACCGAAGAAUACCACACUCGACUCAGACAUUUUCGGAAUGCUCUGGAAAACAUCGACAAACUGAACUCACAGCAUGGAAAAGGUGACCACGCAAUGUACGGAUUGAAUGAAUUUUCCGACCUUUCUCCGGAAGAGUUCUCCAAACGUCAUCUCAGAAAAGUGUCAGCGGAAAAGAUACGAAGUCAUUCACACACUCGAAGAAAACCGUCCGCUGAUGAAACCACUUCAAAACCGUUGCUCAAGCUUCCCGCCGGUAUACUGCCUGACAAAGUAGAUUGGCGAACUAAGGGAGUAGUGACACCAGUCCGUAAUCAGAAGUUAUGUGGUGCUUGUUGGGCUUUUUGUACAAUUGAAACUAUGGAAUCCAUGCUGGCAAUUAAGAAUGGAACUCUUCUCAGUCUCAGCGUUCAAGAGGUGAUCGACUGCGCUGGAUAUGGAAACCAGGGAUGUAAUGGAGGAGACAUCUGCAGUCUGGCCCAAUGGCUGAAAGACAAUAAGAUCAAAGUGACCAAGGAGAAGAUCUAUCCACUAACAUUGCAGGAUGGAACUUGUAAAAUACAAAAGGCUGUCUCUGGUGUACAAGUGUCAGACUAUUCAUGCUCAUCACUGGUCAGGAAUGAGGACGAGAUGCGUCGUCUGCUGGCGUUUCACGGGCCGCUGGCGGUGGCAGUGAACGCGCUGACUUGGCAGUUCUACGUGGGCGGUGUUGUGCAGUUCCACUGCAGCGGCGACCCCUUCGAGCUGAACCACGCUGUGCAGAUUGUGGGAUACGACAUGACGGCUCCAACGCCACACUACAUAGUGCGCAACUCGUGGGGUCCCGCCUGGGGCGACAAAGGCUACGUCAAGAUCGCCAUAGGCGACAAUGUUUGUGGUAUCGCCAAUGACGUCAUAUCUUUGGAUGUAACGUAGAUGGAACAAAAAAUGUAUAAAACUCCAGAAUCAAAUGCUGUAAUGCUAUGCAAGUGAGAAAUAUCAAUAUUUUAUACAUUCGAUUUUCAAUGUAUUAUACAACUGAUCAAAUGCAAUAAUCAGGCUAAUGUACUUCUUAUACUGUAUACCUACCUACUUUUAAUGUAUUACAUUUCAAUGAUCAAAUUUUAUGAUCAAAGGCAAUAACUACUAGGUAAUAUUUGUACUACUUCAAACGGAAAGAAAUUACAAUAUUUUAUAAGUCGAGUUAUUAAUAUGGAUGCAUCUAAUCCCAUAAUAACUAUAUAUCUUUCAAGGUUUUUAGAACUUUUUAUUUUUGUAGAAAAUCAUGACAAUAAUGUUGUUAUCAAUGUAUUUGCUACCUUAAAUCAAGGUAUUCUGAAUGCAUUGGCUCCGACUAUAUUAGAAGUAGUAUAUGUAGGUUGACUAAUUUGAAUAUAUGAAUGUUUUCACUUUUUUAUGGAUAUUGAUCGAAUUAUCAUAUUAUCCAUUUUUUAUCUGUUGAUUCAAAAAUGCAGAAGUGGAAAUCUUUACAAUAAUUCACUGAUUGAUAACAAUUUCCACAUUGAUCAAAGGUUAUCUAAAAUUAGAUUCUAUUCACAUUUGAAAAAUAAUAUUUGUGAAAAACAAACUAUAAUUUAAAAUUUAUAAUUCAAAUUUUAAAUUUUUCAUUAGAAUUUUUAUUUUGUCAAUAUUUAUUGAGAAAAAUAUGCUCAUUUAGUAAUAUGAAAAAUGAUUCGUCAAAUUGAACAAUUUAGCUACUAGGAAAGUUAUUACAUCUAGUUCAUGAUUUUUUAUGUAAAUUUAAUUCAUUCCAUUGUUGUACUUCAAUAUUUUGACUGUGAUAAUCAAUUACUAUAAGAAUUUAUUGUAAUAGCUAGCAUUUGAACAGAUCAAUUAUAUUGUUGGCGUAAGUUUUAUUGUAGUGACAAAUUUAUGUAGUUCUAGGAUAGUUUUAUUGUCAUUUUUUGUUGAAAUCGUUCAUUUCAAAACAAACCUGGAAUUCUGGAAAGUAUUAUAAGAAUGUUUAAUUUGCAGUAUAUUAUUGGCUAUAAAUUUUAUGUAUCAAAGUUUAUAAAGAAACAUAUAAGAAAAUAAUUAUGUGUAAUACUUUGUCUUGUCUUCAAGGAAAUUUCAUGUUUAUUUUAUAAAUAUAGAUAUAUUAUUUAUAAUAGAUGAUUGCAGCUUGAAAGUAUUAAAUUAAAGUUACUUACACAAGCAAUUGAAGCCUUGAUAUUAGAUUGCAACUGAAAGUAUUCUUGUUAUAAUUAUCAAUUAUUCUAUUGUGAUAUUGAAGGUUUUAUUGUAAAAUGAGUUCUUAUUGAUUAUUCCAUAGUUAUAAAAUAUUUUAAAUAUUAAUAUGGUAUAUUGAAUAUCAAUAUAUUAAAACUUUAUAAAAUAUUGAAAGUAAGCCAUUCAUUUUUGCCUCAUUUUAUAUAAUUGAGCAAGGAUUGAUGUAAUCAAAACUGAUCAAAAUUACAUGAAAUUCUUAAUUGCUCAAGAUGAAAAGCAGGGUAGACUAAUGAAUCUUGAACUCUUAAAAUUAUAAUCAUAAAAUAAAUCAUCAUUCUUAAAAUUAUUAUGAAGGAAAUGUUAUUUCCUUUGAAUGAAUGGUGUAAAUAUAACUCCAUGAAAUAAACAAAGCUCUGUGAUUUUCUAAUUAUAAUUCCAUGACAGGAAAAAUUCUAUCAUCUGAUUUUUUCACUUUCUUUCUCUUUCAAUCAAAUAUAGUCUUUUGCCUUACAUUAUUGCAUGAAAACCUCAAUGUUUGUAAUUUGAAUAUUUAAACAAUAAUUUAUAUUUAGAACAAGUGUCUUAUUCAAGUGCCAAUACUUAUAGAUAAUAUUUAAGUAAAAAAAAAGGAAAUUCGUAUGGCUUUUGUUGGUGGGGAGUCCCUUGCGGGAAGGUCCCACCGCCUGAAUAUAUAAUUUGAGCCGUAAAUAUUUAAGUAAUCUUUAUUUUUUCAACAGUAUUUUAAAAACUGUGAAUAAAAUACUAAAAAACAGUAUUGUUAAUUCUAAAAGUAUCUUAUAAAAUUCAGAAAUUUUUCAGUUCCAGUUUGAAAGUUUCAAAUUUCUCGUUCUAACUUUUUUUUCAUGUUAGAUUAUUUAUUCUAUAUGUGUAUUAUUUGUUCAUAACUAUUUAUUGUAUUCUAAAUUGUAAGUCUCAUCGAAUCAUCUUUAAAAGGUAUUAAUUGAAGUAGAUGUCUGAAACUACCGUAUGUAUUUUAACACAUUCAUGCUGUUUUCAAUAAAUUCCAAAUGAAGUUUAAAUUAAAAUUUGUUACCAAA